AUGCAGCGGCCGGACAAAAGCGGCGGAGCAUCCAAGACGGCGGUGCCACGGCCACAGCCUCCUCCGCGGCGGUUGACCAGCGAAGAAGAACUCUCCGUAAUGGUAGCCGCCCUGAAGAACGUCAUCACCGGCGCCGCUUCCCGCGGCGCGCCGGCGGAUUUCAAAUCACUCGCCGCCGCCGCAGCCGCCUCCGGCAGCGGCGGCGACGGAGUAUUCUCCUUUUCCAAUGACAUGGAGUCCUGUGGGCAGUGCGGGAUAGACGGGUGCCUGGGCUGCAACUUCUUCGUCGACCGCACGGCGGCGGAGGCGCAGCCGCCGGAAGAGGUGAGGAAGAGGAAGAAGAAGAACUACAGGGGGGUGAGGCAACGGCCGUGGGGAAAGUGGGCGGCGGAGAUAAGGGACCCGCGGAAGGCGGCCCGAGUGUGGCUGGGGACCUUCGAGAACGCCGUGGACGCGGCGCGGGCCUACGACCGGGCCGCGAUCGAGUUUCGCGGGCCGAGGGCGAAACUCAAUUUUCCGUUCUCCGACUACACGGAGGCCGCCCCUGCGGCGGCGGCGGGCUCGGCCUCCGGCCGACCGCCGGAAGAUUACGGCGAAGUGCAGAGGAAGAAGAAUAGGCGGGAAAAUGAAGACAACAACACCUGGACCUCCACGGAGGCGGCGGCGGCCGCCGCCGUGCCGCCUCCCCCGCUUUGUCUGACCCGCGAGGAGGAAGAAGUCUCCGUCAUGGUAGAGGCACUCAAGAACGUCAUCGCCGGCGCCGCUUCCCGGGGCGUUCCGGCGGAUUUCAGCAGCGGCGGAGGCGGCGGCGGAGUUCUCUCUGUUUCCGGAGAUAUGGAGACCUGCCGGCUUUGCCGGAUAAGUGGGUGCCUGGGCUGCAAUUUCUUUGUCGGCGAAGGGGAGAGUGGCGGCGGCGGUGAGCCGCCGGGCGCGGCGGCGCCGGAGAAGGGGAGGAAGAGGAAGUAUAAGAAGAACUACAGGGGGGUGAGGCAGCGGCCGUGGGGGAAGUGGGCGGCGGAAAUAAGGGACCCGCGGAAGGCGGCCAGGGUGUGGCUGGGGACCUUCGAGAACGAGGUGGACGCGGCCCGGGCCUACGAUCGGGCCGCAAUUGAGUUCCGCGGGCCGAGGGCGAAGCUUAAUUUCCCGUUCUCCAACUACACGGAGGCCGCCCCUGCGGCGGCGGUGGGCUCCACCUCCGGCCGGACGCGGGAAGAUUCUGCCAAAGUGCAGAAGAAGAAGAUUACGCGGGAAAAUGGAGGUAAAUUGGGAAUUGGGUCGAGCAGGAAUAAUAAUAAUAAUAAUAAUAACAAUAAAAAUAAUAAUAAUAAUAAUAAUAAUAAUAAUAAUAAGAACAGCAAUAAUAAAAGCGAUUUUUGGGAAGUUAUGAAUGGAAAAGAGGAGAUUGAUGAGUGGAUGGCGUUGAUGAAUUUCAACAGUGGGGACUCGUCGGAUUCUGCUAACGGCGGCGUGAAUCUUUACAGUGUGUAA